UUUCGACGGUCUAGUCAACUGCGACAACUACCUAUCCCAUCACAUACUUCCGUCACACCUUUCGAUAAAACUCUGUAGCGACUAGCGAAAAGCAGCAAAUAGCUAUGGCAUCAUCAGCAGCAGCGGCAGCGGCAGCGACACCCCCCACUGCCGACCCAGAAGGCAACGAUAAGAAAAGGAAAAGAGUGAAGACUGAUUCAAAUAUUUCAAGGAAACCCGCUAAUGUGCAAAGCGAACUUGAGGCUUGUGCAAGUUUAAAGUUUAAACAGGUAGCAGCUAAAGUCACACCAGCUGAGGCUGAUAAGGACGACUGGUUUGUUGUAAAAGUGUUGCAUUUUGAUAAGGAGACAAGAGAAUUUGAAGUAAUAGAUGAGGAACCGGGUGAUGAUGAUGAAGGUGGUGGCCAAAGAAAGUACAAGCUGCCCAUGUCAAGUAUUAUUCCUUUCCCCAAGAGAGGUGAUGCUUCUACCGCUCCAGAUUUCCCUCCUCGAAGCCAAGUCUUGGCUGUCUAUCCUGGAACAACUGCACUUUAUAAGGCAACUGUUGUCAAUGGCCAUCGCAAGAGGAAGACGGAGAAUUAUUUACUGGAAUUUGACGAUGAUGAGGAAGAUGGAUCCUUGCCUCAAAGGACAGUACCCUUCCACAAGGUGGUUGCUCUGCCUGAUGGACAUCGUCAAUGAAUUCUUGCUGUUUAUAGCCUUGUUUAAAUCUAACAUGUUGUGUAGCAUUUUUAACCAGACCUUUUACAUGGCCUAUGUUUUUCUUUUCGUCAUUCAGAGAUGGUUUUGUAAGAUCUUCUGUAACUUUGUAUGUUAUGUAGCAUAUUUGGGGAUGGUUUUGUAAGAUCUUCUGUAACUUUGUAGGUUAUGUACCAUAUUUGGGGAGGGUUUUGUAAGAUCUUCUGUAACUUUGUAUGUUAUGUAGCAUAUUUGGGGAUGGUUUUGUAAGAUCUUCUGUAACUAUGUAUGUUAUGCAGCAUAUUUGGA